CAGUCUCAUCUGUGGUAUAAAGCAUCCAGCGCGAAUGGACGUUCAGUCAAAUAACUAAUGAGCAUCAGAGUACAAUGGUGAAACUACGCGCGUUCGGUGUUUUAAUAUCGUUCGGAAUUCUCAGUGGGAACAUGGUCGAGCCGCUGAUGCAGGAGGGAUUGUCGAAAUUUUUCGGCACUAUCACAGGGAUUAGACAACUGCGAAUCCCGGAGUUGUUAAAUCAAUUGUGCAACGAAUCGCAAGGUUCGAAUAUGGUUCGUCGAGACGCGUGUUACGGGUGCUUCUACAGAGUGUCUAGACAACCCAUUGGAUAUUCACUGUUGGUCUCUAUGUCCAGCUGCGCUGAUAUGUAUCUCAAUGGUACCGAUUACGGUCACUGUCAACGAUAUUUGAGCAAUGCUACCAACGCACUGAACUCAAGAAUUAAUCCUACGACUAUAUACUGCACGUUCCUCGAUUGCGUCCGACAACAGAACAGGGACAAUUUGCUCACGGAAUGCGUCGGCGAAGCUGUGCGGAUAUUCCCCAAUUUCACCGUCACGGACGUGAAACUGGCUCAAUUAUAUGUGAACACCACCGCGUGCGUGCUAGCGAGAUCCCGUUGCUCACAAACGAACCCGAUAACCGGAGAAUUUCAAGAAGACGUUCUUGCUAAUAAACUGCAUAUACCGACGAUCAACGCGGUGCUGGUCAACACGGAUUACGACAUCAACAUCAUACAGCUACCAUUUUAUUACGGUUCCAUCAACAUCUGCUCGAAGCAGAGGAACUAUGAGCAGGCCAGCUGGCCAGGCGUCACGUGCUGAUCGAGAAUUUCUCUCUUUACCAUUGAGGAAGCACUCGGAGAAACUGAGAAUUUCUCCUUACGACGAUUUUAACAGGAAACGUUCCCGACCCACUAGUAAUCUCCUACGACACUAUUAAGAGAAUUAUAUGCAAAUUUAAUUUGUUUCCUUUUAUGACUAGAUCGCAAA